AUGUACAGCGGCAUGUACGGCGGCGGGCUAGGCAUGGGGAGUAGCAUGUACGGUGGCGGCUUAGGUGGCAUGGGUGGCAUGCACGGUGGUGGCUUAGGUGGCAUGGGUGGCAUGUACGGUGGCGGCAUGUACGGAAACUCAGGUCUCAUGGGAGGCUCAUCGCACGGCAUGAGCGGUGGGCUCAGCAGCUUUGUCCGAAACAACCCGUUCGGCUCCAACUCCACCUACAACCUCGGCGGUCUCAACAACCUCGGCAGCAACGCCGACAGUACUCAGGGCAACGGCAUGCAAUCCUCGCUCAACUUGCAACAUCAAGCGGACCAGUCCAAUCAGCUAGCAUCCCCUAUCCACCAGCACGCUGCUUCUUUGCCACCACUGAAUGAGUCACCUGAGGAGCGCAGCCGUCGUAUCCAGGCAGAGCACAAGAAGGAGCGCCAGCUGAUUCGGCAGCAGCGGGAGCAGCACCGACAAGCGCGCCUGCAGGCCCGGAUGGAGAUUGCCGGCCACCUCACCAACGUGCUCGUGCAGGGCCUCCGCUCUGCCAUGGAGCUCUUUGGCGUGUGCUUCGGUACCUACUAUAGCAUGAAGGCGGUGCGCGCAUUCUCCAACGCGCAGGAGCGGAUGCCAGGCAUGGGGAUGGGGAUGGGCGCUAAUUACCCGUACGGCGCCGCGGUCGCCAAGACGCAGGCGGCCGUGACGGGUGCUUCGGGGUUCCAGCAGGUCGCCAAAGCCUCCAGCGGAGGCCCGAACAAGUGGCGGGCGUGGCUGCUCUGCAUUGCCUUUUUCCUUUUGGGCGAGGUUGUGUACGGGAUCGCCACACGCCAGCGCGCAAAGCCACCGCAGCGCCGGCGUCGCAUCACCGGCCCAGCAGAGGACGCCUACGGAAACGUAAUUAGCCAGGAUGAGUACGAGGCGAGCAUCCGCUCCAGCGACGCCGAGUCGCGGCUGACGGAGGAGGAUAAGGGCGAGGAGGAGACGCUCUCGGAAGCAUGGGGACAGAGAUACAACUCCGACGGCGUGUACGGUGCCUCACAGGCGGCGCAGCCAAGUGGUGGCAACGGUACCCGUCGAGUAUACUAUGCACUGUACGACUACCAGGCUCAGCAGGCCGACGGUUCGUGCUUGAGCUUCAAGGCGGGUGACGAGUUUGUGGUGGAGAACUACGCCGAGGGCAGAUGGUGCGAGGCGAUGGCGGUGGAGGAUGGGAGCUACUCGUCUCACGGUCGUCGUGGUCUCGUUCCGAGCAACUUCCUGCGUCUCGCAGAGCGCAUCACGAAAUUGUAG